AUGUCAUCUAAGCAAUUAUCAAACGAGCAUUGGUAUACGAGCAACAAAAUAAACAUAAAUACCGAGGAUUGGAAUAAUUUUGAACUACAAUAUGCUGACAAUUUGCCUACAUUCCAUGAUUAUGAUACAUAUAACAGACAAGAUCACUAUCAGAAUCAUCAGCAUCAUGAGCAUCGUGAUCGUCGUCAUCCUGAGCAUCGCGAUCGUCGUCAUCAUGAGCAUCGUGAUCGUCAUCAUCAUCAUCACCAUCACUCACCGAGAAAACCGAAGAUACAUAAUCAACAAAAAUCAAACGAAAAAUCAGUACAAUAUAUCGAUCCAUCAAACCAACAAUCGAUUAUAAACUUCAAUAACUUAAACAUGAAUCAUCUACCAAACGUAAUACCUGAUGCUUUCUACAAUGAAAACCAACAUACACAACACGUGAAUGAUAAUGGCCCAAAGAAGCGUAAAAAAAAAGUCACUCGAAAAAAUGUCGAGAUCAUCAAUGACUCAAUGAAUGACUUGAACGAACUGGUUUCGAGCUUAGGUGAAAAAGAAAGAGUUAAUCAAGGUCAUGUAUAUGUACAAGAUAGGAAUGUUGAUUAUACAUCUGGUCAUAAUGAGACCGAAAAACAGCGAGUUGCACAACCUCCUGUCGUGGAAGAAAAUAAACAAGUUACUAGUGAAGCCGAAAAGCUUGGAACAGAUGAAGCUCCAAUUAUUGAGUACGCCGAAGAGCCAUUGUUACCUCUCGUCGAUGCAUGCGCUCCACUGAUUGAUAUUCUUCACGAUUUAUCAGUCUAUGUUAAUAUGGCACUUGAAGAAACUCCCGAAGAACCACCCGAUGGACUGACAUUUAAUGAGAGCGCUGCCAUCCGACUUUACACGAUCGAAUGGACAUCGCCACAUCGAAGUCUCUAUUCAAUGCUUAAUUAUACAUUGAAGAACUGCAGUCGUGAAGAACUUCGACCUUAUUUCAAGUAUAUGAAACUAUUCUUGACUGCCUUAGUCAAAUUACCAUGCUCUCCAUCAUUGACUGUCUGGAGAGGAGUAACUAAAAAUUUGAGUGCCGAAUUUCCACCUGGUACUCCAGUGACAUGGUGGUCAUUUUCAUCAACCACAACCGAACUGAGUGUGCUUGAAAAUACAAUGUAUUUGGGCACUACAGGUGCACGGACACUGUUCUCUGUUGAAGCCAUCAAUGGACGAACAAUUCGUGCUCAUUCGCAUUUUGUCACUGAAGAUGAAAUUUUGCUUCUGCCCGGUACUCACAUGAUAGUUCAAUCGCAAUUUAGUCCAGCAUCUGAUCUUUAUAUUAUCCACUUAAAACAGGUCAUACCGAAUGAAACACUACUCCAGCCUCCUUUUGAAGGCGCAUGCUUAUAUCCAAAAAACACGCGUCCAUGGUAUCGCAAGAAGCGAAUUGUUAUUCCAUUGGCUUUAUUGGUGACUAUGUGCAUCGUAGCAACCGUUAUUGGUGCUAUUCUUGGGACACGAGCAGCAAAUAAAGAGCCACCUUACGUGUUCAUAAAUCCUUUUUCAUCUUCGACAAUCUCUGACAUAGACGGCUCUCCAGCUUCUUUAGUGUAUGGUCAUUUCAACAGUGAUAAAUACAUUGAUUUGGCGAUUCUCAACUAUGGAGGUCAAAGCAUUGAUAUAUUGGUUGGCAAUGCGAACGGCAACUAUCUGACGCCGACAACAGCUGAUACCGGCUUAGGUCCAGUUUUUGUGACUUUAUGCACGUUGGGUGGUAACAAAACAAGAUAUCUUAUCGUAGUUAAUAAAGAAGAUGGAACAAUUAGCGUGCUGGAGAUUAAUGAAGAUGGAACAUUGGAUUUUCAGAUGUACUAUGCAGUUGGUAAUGAACCAAUUUCUGCUUUGUGCGGAGAUUUUGAUAAUAAUUCAGUUAUUGAUGUGGCAGUGUUAAAUAGAUAUCAGUAUGACGUUGGGACAGAUCCAAUCUCUAUGAUAUCUGCUGAUUUUAAUAAUGAUUUGAAACUGGAUCUGGUACUCGUCAAUCAAGGUGGUAACAACAUCGGUGUACUAAUUGGUGAUAUAGAUGGAAAUUUUCAGACACCAGUGAUGUAUGAUGUUGGAAAACAACCAACAUUUGUGGUAUUGGGAGACUUUAACAAUGAUACGAAACUGGACUUGGCAGUAUCUAAUAAUGGAAGCACUUUCAUCAGUGUUUUGUUUGGUAAUGAAAAUGGAACAUUCCAGACUCAAGUACCUUGUGAAGUUGGUAAUGGUACAAAUACUGUGGCAGUGGCGGAUUUAAAUAACGAUGGUAUAUUGGAUUUGGUAGCAACUAUUUCGGGUGAAUCUAAUGUUAUCGUGCUAUUCGGCAAUCGUAAUGGAAGUUUUCAAGGUGGAGUAAAGUAUCAAAUCAGCACUAAUUCGACUGCUAUGAUAGCUGCUGAUUUCAACAAUGAUAGCAGACCAGAUCUUGCAUUAACGAAUAUGGAUGACAACACAAUCAGCAUACUAAUAAAUUAUGGAAAUGGAACAUUUCAAUCUCAAGUCAAAUACAAUUUCCGAUCUGAUAGUGGUUAA